AUGGAGUCUGACCCAUCAAGCGAAACAGAGGAAAACUAUAAUAAUUUGAUCGAAUCAGAUUUCUCGUAUGUGAAUAUAGAUAAGCUGAAUUCCUCAAAAAAUUCAAGAGAAAACGUUACAAUUUCUCUCGGAACUCCAACUGUGAAUAAUGGCUCACUAGCUCCCCUCCGUUAGCAGAAAAAAAAAUUUUUUAAUUAAAAAUGUUUUUAAAGAUAAUGUUUUAAAUUUAGGCUAAUUUUUAAUUUCAUAUUUAAAUUUUGGGAAAAAUAAUUACAAAAUAUUUUUUACUCGGACUGGCUGGGGAAUAAGGAAUUUUGUGACAUAUCCUAUUAGUGGAUCUGAUUCCACAGGAAACAUUCAAACGAGUCGUCGAUAUAAAGAUUUUAAAGCGCUUAGAGAUAUUCUAUAGCCUUACAGAAGAAUGGCUUUUAUUUACAUCAAUAAGAUUUUAAGCUUAUAAAAUAAUCACGAGUUAGCCAUUUUAAAUGAAUAACCCAUUCUUAUUUAAAAGCAUAUCAAGGCAAUGGCCAGGCUGCUACAUGCCUCAAAUUCCUCCAAAACAAAUGACUGUAAAAAUCAUAUAGGGAAACCUCGGAAAAGAUUUUAUUGACAAGCGAAAAGUGCUUCUUGAAGCUUUUCUCAUGAAAAUAGCCAAAAUCCCUUACAUAUACCACUCAGAAAUAGUCCAGCAAUUCGUUCGAGGUCCUCAAGAGUUUCACAAAUGCGUAGGGCAUUAUGGUCGUCUGCCAUUCCAAAAGCUCGCCCCUCUCUACAAAGAAGUUUUUUCAGAAUUCACAAGCUUCGUUUCAAAUUCAGAAAGCCACAAAGAAAUGGAAGAUGCCCAAAAGCAUUUUUCCGGCUGUUUAGCUCAACUUCAAGUAUUUGAAGGCUGAUGCAAAUAUACAACAGAUUACUUUGAGUAUUAUCAAAAAGAAGUCCAGAACUUAUUUAUUGAUUUAAAAAGCGUCAAUCAGGUCUAUGCUGAAGAAAAAAAUAUUAACUUGGAAACCAGAAAUUUGACAACAAACCCAUAUUCAGUUUUAUUGGGCUGAGUAAGGACUGAGAUUCUGGAUUUAGAAGGACUGAAUGAAGCAAUUCAGGGAAGAUUCAUGCUGGAAGCUAUAAAACUGAAAAUUGCAGACAGAAUUGAUGAAGAAAGAGAAAAUUUGAUAAAAAUACAGUCAGGGAAAAAGAACUUUGUACAGAUUUUGUUGCAGAAGAACAAAGAACAGUAUAUAGAAAAGACUUCAAGAGAAAUAACGAAUCUUGAAGAAGAGCUAAAAUGUGUUGAAAAGAUAGUAAAUAUUGUGACGGGAACUUUAUUGAAUGGCGUUAUCCCUAAAUUUAAAGAAGGAAAACAGCACAUGUAUGAAAUUGUUUUGAAAACAUUUACGAGCUCAAGUAUAAAAGAAUUAGAGUUUCUUAUCGCUCAGAAUAAGCAAAUUGAGCGAGAUAUUCUUAAUUAA